CUGCCUGCUCCCCGUGGCCUUUGGAGGCUCGGUGAGUCGGCUCCAAAUGUUUUCCAUAUUUGUUCAGCCUCCAUAAUUCGAAUACCAGGGCAGGCCGAGUCCGCCUUGCGCCGCGCUCCAGGGUCCAGGGCCCCGCACACGCAUCACCCACCCAGCCACGCAGCGCCAUGGGCAAGAACAAGCAGCCCCGCGGCCAGCAGAGGCAGGGGGCGCCGCCAGCCGCGGACGCCGCUGGGCCCGACGACACGGGGCCGAAGAGGGGCACGGGGGCCCCCAAGGAGUGCGGGGAGGAGGAGCCUCGGACCUGCUGCGGCUGCCGGUUCCCGCUGCUGCUCGCCCUGCUGCAGCUGGCCCUGGGCAUCGCCGUGACCGUGGUGGGCUUCCUCAUGGCGAGCAUCAGCUCCUCCCUGCUAGUCAGGGACACUCCAUUUUGGGCUGGGAUCAUUGUCUGCUUAGUGGCCUAUCUUGGCUUGUUUAUGCUUUGUUUCUCAUAUCAGGUUGAUGAACGGACAUGUAUUCAGUUUUCUAUGAAGCUGUUAUACUUUCUGCUGAGUGCCCUUGGCCUGACAGUCUGUGUGCUGGCCGUGGCCUUUGUUGCCCACCACUAUUUGCAGCUCACACAGUUUACCUGUGAGACCACACUCGACUCUUGCCAGUGCAAACUGCCCUCCUCGGAGCUGCUCAGCAGGACCUUUGUUUACCGGGAUGUGACGGACUGUACCAGCGUCACUGGCACUUUCAAACUGUUCUUACUCAUCCAGAUGAUUCUCAAUUUGGUCUGCGGGCUUGUGUGCUUGUUGGCCUGCUUUGUGAUGUGGAAACACAGGUACCAGGUCUUCUAUGUGGGUGUCAGGAUGUGCUCCCUAACAGCUUCCGAGGGGGCCCAGCAAAAGAUAUAACAUUCUUGCUCAAAGUUGCAAGAGAAAAUAGCACACGGAUAGCUGAGGUUGAACAAAAGAAUUUUCUAAACAAAGAAAGGAAAAAAAUUGACAAUAAACAACAUUCACUGUUCUAAAUGAAUAUUUUUAUAUUUUUAUGAAACAAAAGAGCAUUUCUUCAGGUUUCUAUUGUAUUUUUUUAACAUUCUUUCAGAGAAAGCAAGAUCCAAAUUGAUUUUGGGAUAUUAAAAGAACACUGAACGAGGAAAGAAUGGCAUAGAUCUAUCCUUACAGUCCGGAGCUGAUUCCUGUUAUUCAUUUUAUCCAUGACUUACAUAAUCUUCUUUCCUGCUAGUCCAGUUUGAUGGUGUGAAUGGUGAAUUUCAGGCCCAGUUGCUAAAUUUUGUGGCAUCUUCCUUUGGUUCUCCCCACCUCCAGUCAUCAGCCCCACUCUGUCUUGGAGACAGGCAGGAGGUGGGGGAAGAGCUGAAUCUCUUUAUUUCCCCUGGUAGAGAUGUCUUUAAGGCAUGAAAUAGCUUAAAGAGCAGCGUAGAAACGGAAGAGGCUUUGCAAAAGGCUAGAUAAUUAUAAACACCUGGGUUGGGGCGGUGGCCUCUUCUCUUCAGCUCCCUUAGCUUGGCUCUGUAAGUAGAUCACUUGCUAAAUGCUUUAGAUGAUUGCCUCUCAAUAAUUGAAAGGUGGUGGUAGUUGUAUUCUUAAUGAUGUAGAAGGUUUAAAAAUAAUUACAUUAUGCUUCUAUUCUAUCAUCUAAAACAAAUCAUUAAAACUAAUUUCUAGCUAAUUGUUAAUUAUAAUUAUGCUCAGAAGUCUAUUUAAUGAGCUCUGGCUGUACUUACGCUGCACUGUCAGUGUUAAGAGAAAUUACUCUCACAAGAACAGAGGCCUAAAGAUUCUUUCUUCUGAAAGCCAAGCACCACAAGGAAAAAAAAAUUUGUAUUAAUAGCGCAGGUUAAAAACACUCAUUUAAACAAAAACAAGAGCAUUUGUAAUAGGAAGUGUUUAUACAAAUAGCACAUUUGUGAUAUGUAGAAAAGUAUCUCUCUUGGCAACCAAUCUAUGUUUGAGGAAGAUUAGGUAAUGCUGAUGUGUUCCAUUCAAGGCACUGUAUUUGAUACAUAAUCCUAUUAUUAAUUCGUAUGCUUAGUCAACCUAGAAAAUCAAAAUGAUGUUUUGAAGUUCUUAUUUGAGGAAUAUAGACUUGGCUUGGAGGGUAGUUCUAGUUGUUUUGUUUUUAAGUGACUGUGACUUAAAGCGCAAAGCCUCAAGGUCAGGAGACUUCUCUCUGUGAUUAUUGCUGUUACUACAUUCUGAACUGUAUCCAUAUUUUAAGGAACAAGCUAAAAAUGGAAAUUCAUGAAACAUAAAUGGUAUCAAGAACUUUUUCUAUCAGCAUGCUUUGUUGAAAGCAGAAAUUAAGAUAAUAAUUGAGUUCAAUUCACCUCUCCACAUUGCCUAUGGAUGUACUUUACUAAUCAUGAGAUUCUACCCUAAAAGAAAAACAUUUCUUGUUUGUCUUAGAAGAAAGUGGAAUAAUUCCAUUGAUUGUGAUAAUGGUGUCAGUUUCUACACAAUAUAAAUAUCCAAGUAAAAAGGAAAGCAUUAAGUCAGUAAGCUAGAGGAUUGUAAGUAUCUUUUAUGUCCUCUAGAUAAAACACCCAAUUAACAGAUGUUAAACCUUUUAAUGUUUUGAUUUGCUUUAAAAAUGGCCUUCCUACACAUUGGCUCCAGUCAAAAAGACAUGUUGGAGAGCUUAGUGGGUAAGUCUCCAGAGGAGAACUGAUCACACGCAAAAGUUACGCCAACAGAAUACCAAGCAGAAUGAAGACUUGAAAAAUAUCUUGUGCCCUGUUUUUUUGUUUUUUUUUUUUAAAGCCAGCAACUGAAUCCAUUUUGAUUUUUGUUAAGAGUUUCCUAUACAAAGAAGAAAAUGACUGAGAAUCUAGAAUGUCGUAGGCCAUCCUUUAAAGAGUAAG